AUAAUAAUCAUGAGUGUUAAAUUUUCAGGUGACCAGAACUUAGAAGCAAACCUAAUAGAUCAUGAGGUAACUGAGUCAUUAUUAGUACCUCAAACGAAGAACUGUAAAAGGUGGCUCCGUGUCUCCAUGUACGCAAUCUUUGUCAUCUUCUGCCAACCACUUGCUACAAUUCUAGGUAGAUUGUACUAUGAAAAUGGAGGGAAAAGCACAUAUGUGGUAACACUUCUUCAACUCAUUGGCUUCCCUGUACUGGUUCUCUUCCGCUUCUUUUCACGAAUCAGACAACCCAAAUCAAAAGAUACAAAUUUCAGUCAGUCCCCUUCAUUCAGCACCCUUGCAUCGGUUUACAUGUGCACUGGACUGCUAGUGUCUGCUUCUGCUUAUUUGUCUGCAUUUGGGUUACUCUACUUACCAGUCUCUACUUUCUCCCUUAUCAUGGCCUCACAGUUGGCCUUCACUGCCUUUUUCUCGUAUUUCCUCAACUCGCAAAAGUUCACUCCUUUCAUAGUCAAUUCAUUGUUUCUCCUUACGGUUUCCUCUGCCCUCCUCGUGGUCAACACUGUCUCGGAAAACACAACAAAUGUGUCUAGAGCAAAUUAUGUGAUCGGGUUCAUAUGUACUAUCGGUGCUUCCGCUGGGAUUGGAUUGGUGCUAUCUCUGAUACAACUGCUCUUCAGGAAAGUUUUCACAAAGCAUACAUCCUCAGCAGUCCUGGACUUGGCCAAUUACCAAUCUCUAAUUGCAAGUUGUGUGGUACUCAUAGGACUGUUUGCAAGUGGAGAGUGGAAAACUCUGCCAAGUGAGAUGAGAAACUACAAACUGGGGAAAAUGUCAUAUAUCUUCACUUUGGCCUCAGCAGCUAUCUCAUGGCAAGUAUACACUGUUGGUUGUGUGGGAUUAAUCUUCGAGUCAUCUUCUGUGUUCUCCAAUUCCAUAACUGCUGUCGGGUUGCCUAUCGUUCCAGUUGUAGCAGUGAUCGUUUUCCAUGAUAAGAUGGACGCAUCAAAGAUCUUCUCCAUAGUUUUAGCUAUUUGGGGCUUCCUUUCAUUUGUCUAUCAGCACUACCUCGACGAAAAGAAGUUGAAGACUUGCCAGACAAAUCCAGUCGAGCAAAAUACGCAAACAUGAUGAAACGUAGCUGCUUUAAAUGUCACACAAUCAAACAAAAAAAGUUGUGCAUGCAAUCAUGCAUAUUACAUACAUAAAGCUUGUCCGUGUAAUUUCUGUAAUUGUCAAUGCAAAUGGGACGCAUGUCUCUUGAGCAUAUAUAUCAGAAAUGUGCAAGUCUCUUUGGCCAAAUUUCCAGUAUUGAGUACAACUGUAAUUUUAUACAUAAGGUACCCACAUCUCAGGUAUGUAGAACUUCUAUUAUCUAAAAUUGUACAUUACAAGCAGGGUGAUAAAGCAGACAUCUCUCUAACAUAAAACCAUGUCUAUUUUGUGAUAUUUUCAUCACGUGAGAGUGACACACGAUAAAACUUGAACAGUUAACUGUAACUUACAAAGAUGUUAAUGCACUAUACUGCUUUCUAGUUUUUGAAAUGCA